AAAAAACAAAAACAAUCCAUCCAGGCGUCCAUCUUGGAUACUGUAAGCCAACGGCGACUGACAGCAACGGAGAGGGAAAUCGCAAUAAAUUGAGUUCCGACCACUCUAAAAAGUCAACCGAACGCGAACACCGGGGCAAUACAUAUUAAAGGAUUACAUUUAGCGACGUUAUCUGCCAAUUCCGUCUCAUUUUUGGCUUCAUAUUGGCUGAUUAAGUUAUUUCGGAGACUGUAACGUUAACGUUACGUGCUCAGCUUUAUUCUGCCGUCAACAUCUCUUAGUUUAAAACGACUGUUUGUUUCAACGACAUACCUUAGCAGUUCUGGAGAAGCUUUGUGAGGUCGUGAAUUGCAGGUUUGAAUCAUUAACACCAGAAGGUAGUGUGGAUAUAGCGCGUUUGGCCAUAUUUAAUUCCUCCGCUGUCGACUUGAGCUCGCGCGUGCGCGUGACCCCAUUUAUUUCGCUUAUCUAUGAUAUGUAGUACAUAUUUUAUAUUUAAGCAUAAAGCGAAGUGAGCGUGAUGUGGAAACAUCGUUUAGGGAUGUUAAUUCCAUUUUUAUCCCCGUAAAUGUGCAUGCAUUUAAUGUACUGCCAUAUACUUCCAAGGUGAUUUGGAGGCAUUGCCCUGCUUACAAUUUUAGUUCCUUUGCAUUAACAAUAAUAUUUUUAUCUAUAUAUUUUAUGGCGGGUUCUAUGCAUCGAUUGUCCAGUUGUGCUGAUCACUGGGUAUGGGAGCUGGCCCAUUUGCUGAACGAGUUUAUUGAACGAGCUCGGUUAUUCUAAACGCGCGGCGGGGCAACAUUUGUGUAGAUACAGUAUUCGUACGCAUUGGAAUUUCCUCGUUAUUGCUAUGGGUUUUUAAAGCCAACUGCAUGGACAGUCAUAGAUCACUUUUUUCUAAAAGCUCGUCUGCUUUGAAUAAACUACCAUCAGUGGACACCGCAGUGUAAAGCCAUUUCUAAAUCGCCGAGGACUAUAAGCUGGCAUUGGAUUUUUGCACUGCCAUAUAUCACUGACUCGGUGACAUGGUUGUGUUUCACUGACUGCUGAUCAGUGGAUCGAGGAGAAACUUGAAUGCAAAGACUUUUGGAUUUUUUAGGACAAUAAUUUUUUUUGUUUUGUUUUGUUUUUGAAAAAAUGGGACCUGCAACAAAGCUGGCUUUUGGAGUGUUCCUCAUUUCCUGCUCCUCAGGUGCCAUUCUUGGCCGAUCAGAGACACAAGAGUGUGUGUUCUACAACUACAACCCCAGUUCGGAGAACCGAGGAAAUCGCAGUGGUAUUGAGUCUUGCGUGGGAGAGAAGGACAAGAGGCUUCAUUGCUUCGCAACUUGGCGAAAUGUGUCAGGAUCGGUUGAAAUAGUAAAGCAAGGCUGCUGGCUUGAUGACGUCAACUGCUAUGACAGCACUGAGUGUGUUGAGAAGAAGGAGGACCCGGAUGUGUUCUUCUGCUGCUGCGAGGGCAACAUGUGCAACGAGAAAUUCUUCUAUAACCCUGACACACAGCCAGUUCAGAGUAAGGCUCCCCUCAGCGACCCGUCAAACAGCAAAGUCUUUAAGGCAACAUCUAACCCCUUCACCCAGAAGCCACCACUGUUCAGUACCCUUCUGUGCUCCAUCGUGCCCAUCAUGGGCAUCACAGCCAUUGUCCUCCUCUCCUUCUGGAUGUAUCGACAUCACAAGCUGGCGUAUCCACCUGUUCUGGUCCCUACCCAGGACCCUGGACCUCUGCCGCCAUCUCCCACCCUGGUCCAGAAACCUCUGCAGUUGUUGGAAAUCAAAGCUAGGGGGCGCUUUGGCUGUGUGUGGAAGGCUCAGCUGCUCAAUGACUAUGUGGCAGUGAAGAUUUUCCCCAUUCAGGACAAGCUGUCAUGGCAGAAUGAGUAUGACAUUUACAAUCUCCCUGGCAUGAGGCAUGAAAACAUUCUGCAGUUCAUCGGGGCAGAGAAGAGAGGAAGUAACCUGGACAUUGAGCUGUGGCUCAUCACAGCUUACCAUGAGAAGGGCUCCCUGACGGACUACCUAAAGGCAAACGUAGUGACGUGGAAUGAGCUGUGUCACAUUGCUCAAACCAUGGCUAGGGGCCUGGCUUACUUGCACUCGGACUUUCCCGGACACAGAGACGGCCACAAACCAGCCAUCGCACACAGAGAUAUUAAGAGCAAGAACGUGCUGCUGAAGUCUAACCUGACGGCCUGUAUUGCUGACUUUGGUCUGGCUUUGAGGUUUGAGGCAGGAAAGUCCGCUGGGGACACACAUGGCCAGGUGGGAACCAGACGUUACAUGGCCCCGGAGGUGUUGGAAGGGGCCAUCAACUUCCAGCGCGAUUCUUUCCUCAGGAUAGACAUGUAUGCGGUGGGACUGGUGCUGUGGGAGCUGGCGGCCCGUUGCACUGCGUCUGAUGGUCCAGUGGACGAGUACAUGCUUCCGUUUGAGGAGGAGGUGGGCCAACACCCCACUCUAGAGGACAUGCAGGAGGUGGUGGUCCACAAAAAGCUUCGGCCCACUCUCAGGGAGUGCUGGCAGAAACAUCCGGGUCUGGCCAUGCUGUGCGAGACUAUAGAGGAGUGUUGGGACCAUGAGGCCGAGGCGCGACUCUCCGCGGGAUGCGUUGAGGAACGCGUGAUCCAAAUGCAGCGGCAGACCAGCGUCUCCGCCCCGGAGGAAAUAGUCACCGUUGUAACAAUGGUGACCAACGUUGACUAUCCCCCUAAGGAGUCCAGCCUAUGACUAGAGGAUAUCAGCAUGUGAAUUGCGGGCUGACCGAACAGAAAAGACGCGUCGGGGAAGGUAGUGGACUGCUGUUCGGACGGCUGGCAUCAGACGUGCUGGAUAAUCGUCCUGUUCCUACGGCUGGAGCAAAUGCAGACAAUGGUUUAAUACAGGUUUACCUGGAGCCAGCUACGUUAUUGUAUGUGUUGUGUAUAUAUAAACUCGUACCACGAGGCGCUCUGGUAAGGACGGAUGGAUUAGAAGUCCGACAUCAAAAACGAACCUCUUUGUUGUCGCUUCUCUGCUCGGAGAAUAAACUUUUCCAUUCAUGGAGUAAACGAGACUCCUCCUCCUCCGCGCGGCGCUCGUGUCAUUUCAGUAUAAAAAAGGGCAACGUCCGUAAAAAAAAAAAGACGCAUUUAAUGUGUUCGUAUGAAUGACCAUUGUAAUGCCAAUAAGAAACAGCUUUUUGAAUGUGUAGUGUGACGCUGCUGUACAGAUAUCAACAGAAAGGGUGACGAUACAACCCAAAUCAACACGCGUUUCCUCUGAGAGCUUUCAGAGUUUCUGUCAGAUAACCACCAACCUCUCGACAAGGUAUACCUCAGUUUCUCAUCCUAAUAAUAAGUUUGUUUUGUAACACUAUAUAAUAUAUAUAUAAAAAAAGAGGCUUUUCGAUGACCUCCAUUAGGCACGGAAGCUUUUUAAAUACGGGGAAAACUUUUUUUAUAUGACAGAUUAUGCCAAGAAACGAUGGCCAUUCAUAAACCAGUGUUCUGCCUUCUUUCUUUUAGUUGUUCUCUGUGUUGCCCUGCUGUUUAAAAUGUGAUUCUUUCAUUUGUUUAGUUUUUUUAGCAUAGUGAUCGUUUGUUUGUUAAAACAAAUGUUGACCUUUAUCGAGACCUGUUGAGAAGAAAAAAUCCCUGAAAAUAUGAAUUUUGUGAACAUAAUACAGAAGCACUUACCAAUAUAGGUUUGCGGUGUCCUCACAACAUUGACUGACGUAUUUGCAUGCCUUGUUUUCUUUUCUUUUUCCUUUUUAAUUUUCUUCGCUUUUCAAACCUUUAUCAUGUGGAGCUUGUGCAUGAGAUCCCAUUAGCAGUCAUGGAAACCCCUUCAUUAUUGGUUAAUCUGAAGUCUUUCCUUUCUUCAGGGCGUCACUCUUUUUGUUUCAUUUCCAAUCUUGGUCUUCUAUGGUCUUCUUGCUGUCCGCUUCUGUUGUGCUGCGCUUGAACCAGUCUACUCAUGAAGCCCGACCGCACGAGUGACACAUCAAACUGGUUUCAGAUCAGCAGCCGGGCGACCUUCUACACACUUCUACAAGAACUGUCUCUCAGUAUGUCUCAGGAAGCGUUUCCCUUUGCUUUGAGCCCUCUGGUGCCAUUCUGGUGACCCUUGUUGUAUUAUGUAUGCAAGGGCCCUUAAUAUAACACCCUGUUAGUGUGGUCAUAUUAUGUGCAAUAACAUCCUAAGCAGGGACUGUUUCACAGCUCACAGGCCACUUCCAGUGUGGUAAAAAUCCAAGCGCCUAGCAGUUUGCUUGGACCAUAAUGUACAUCACAAACUAAAGUCGACGUCAGGCUAUGCAUAUGUUAUGAUGCACGGUUGUCUGAGAGUAUUAAGCUAAUAAUAUGCUGUAAUGGGGACCGAACACAUGCAGUAACUCUUUCAAAAGAACAGCUUCUCUGCUGCUGUUCUUUGGUUUUGUUCACAUCGCACUUGAAUCCAAUUUGUUUUUCAAAUAUUUUGCAAGAAAUCUGCUUAAUUUGUUCAGACAGUGUGGUCACCAUCCAUUCCAGGAAAAAAAAUGCUUAAAAUCCGAACAGAUUAUUCACACUGAAACUGAUUUUAAUCUGACAUCAAACCACGCAUUUAUUUGUAUUUGUUUAUUUGUGUGUGUGUGUGUGUGUGUGUAUAUGUGUAUAUAUAUAUAUAUAUAUAUAUAUAUAUAUAUAUAUAUAUAUAAUGAGGAUUUUUUUCCCCUUUUAAACUACAAACUACAAAUCUGAUUUGUAUCGGAUAAUACUUUGGAUUUCUGCUGCUUGUCUGAACAAGUACUGAAGUACGAUUCUGUGGCUCAUUUUGGUUCGUUUUGCUUUCAAUUUUCUAGUUACAUUGCAUCCCAAAAGAGUGAAAAAAAAAAGAAUUGAGAUUUGAACUGACAAUACAAUGCAUUUCUAAAAAUCUUCAUGUGAUCUAUAUCAGGUUUGUAAAAAUUGUCUGAUUUCAUGUGCUUAUUCCCCCAUUCAGACUACAGAUAACUAAACUAAUCUGAAUCCGAUAGUUAAUCAUAUGCUGCCUGUCUGAACAAAUAAUCCAGAAAAUGACAAAUUAAUUGAGAUCUGAUCCGAUCAUUCAGACUCAACACAUUUGUAAAAACCUGAUUUUAAUCUGAUUUCAAACCACAUGGUUGUGGUUGGAAUCCAGUUUGUAAACAAUGCAUUUCAUGUUUGUUAGUUUUUUUGUGUUUUUUGUUGUUGUUUUUUUUUUUCAUCCGUUCAGACUACGAACAUCUGAACUGAUUUGAGUCUGAAACAAAAUCUGAUUUCUGAUGCCUGUCUGUGAACAAGUGAAGUAUGAUUCAGUGGUUCAUUUUGCUUUCACAAUUCUUUUACAGUGUGAUGCAUUUGACAAUGUUCAGGUCCAUACAACCGUAUGCAAUCAAGCCCUUUCAAUGAAAGCUCUGUAUCUCUCUACUGUAGCAUUCUCAGCCUGCUCAUUCUGUUUACUUCAUCUGAUGGUAAAUUAAUACAGGGCCCUGUGCCAUCUUUUAAAGGCCCUUUGUUGGACUCUAGAUGCAAAGGUCAUUGCAUUUAAGGUCAGUUGGUUAUAACAUCCAGCUGAAGCACCUGGUUCAUUUGCAGGAUGAGCGCUCUGGUCUGAGAACAUCUCGUGUGGUAUUUGUGAUUCACUUUUGACUAAACGCUACAGAAGUUUCAAUAAGCUGACUGCUGCUGGCCUGUAGAGUGUUUUCACCAGGUGCUGUCCUAUUCCCUGUCGGUUUUUGGUUUUCUAGUUGAGGAAUCUGGGGGGAAGGUUAAAUGAAAUGGAAAGGCAGACUUUAAAAGCCCUGUGUUUAGUAGAAGACUCCGAUGAUAAUGCACCAUAUGUACAUAUGAAUGUCGUUUUAGAUUGUGAAAAGAGCAUGCAUUUUUUUUUUUUUUGUCUCAAAGAAAAAAAAAACUUUAUUGAUAUUAUUAUUAUUAUUAUUAUUAUUAAAUAUUUUAAUGUUAAUUUUGUACAUCUGUAUUUUAGUUUUAUUAAUUUAUAUCAUGGCCCGACUUUCAUUACUACUUUUCUCGAUCAAUGAGAAGUGAUUCUAUUUUAAAAACUGGUCAGAUAAAACACUAUCAAUCCUUUACCUCAGACUUCCACUCACAUCGUUCAAAAGAUUGAACAAACAGUGUAGCACGACAGACAACACGGUGCAGCAUUGCAAGUAUUGCUCCUGGGAUUCAACCAGCAGCUUCUCUCUCGUCUUUUCUCUCAGACACACUUUUUCGGUCUUCGGUGACCAUGUUUCUUCAAUUACACCACUGAGUGAAUGUCUCCACUUUACCAAAACACUCCAUUUUAGGUGCAAGCAGCUGUAUUACUGUUGUGCUGGACAUGCCAUUUUCGUCCACCUUUCUCUUGAGUAUUUCAGGGCCUGAUCAGACAUAAUUGUUACAUAAUGUACAGAUGAGAUUUUAUGAUACCAUUCCCCUCAAAUAAAGUAUAGUGACUGCU